AUGGCGAGCUGGGCUGCUUUGAACGUGGAGCCCGACGAAGGCAUUGAAGAUGAGGUCGACGACACGAAAGAGCUCCAAAUCGAAGAAGCUCUCAAACUUUACUACAGUGCCCUUAAGCUCCAUUCGCAGGGGCCUGAGUAUUAUCCGCAAGCAGCUGAGGCUUACGAAUCACUGUUGAACUCAGAAAUCUUCAAAUAUCCCGAAUCCCUCUCCGACUUCAAGCGGCCCGAUCUACCAGAGGCGCAACCUGCUGCCGACGAGGCCGUCGCUGCCGCUGACACCAUCGCUGAAUUCAAUGUGAACGAUUCUACAUCAAGCUUGUUCCAGACUCUGUAUCUCUCCUACAAGAAUUACGGAAAGUUCCUUCUCGAUUCGCUUCGCAGCAACCUAACAAAUGAAUCCUCUGAAACCGCAAACACGCCCGACGCUGCGCGGAGGGCCACGAAAGCAACCAAGGAGGCACUUCAGUCAUUCGCCGAAGCGCUUGAGCGCGAUGAUACCGAUUUGAAUCUAUGGAGACAGAGUGCGCGACUCGGCAGUGCUCUCCAAAGUUAUCGCCUCAAUCGCUUUUGCCUCGAGAGCGUCCUGGCGGACGAUGACAAUCGCUUAGAAGUACGAUCGACACAAUUGGGACUCGAGGAAAUCUUUUCAGAGGAACGUUUGCGUAGCACUCUUCGUACCCUCUUUGAUGGACUAUCGGCAUCCCAGAUUCCUGUCAAGAAGCAGAAAAAAGCACUUGACAAAUACCUGAAAGGGCACGCCGACUUAUAUUCGUAUCUUCCCGCACUUCCUGCCGAGCUUGAAUGUAUGGAAUCGUCCAAGGGUCCGCUGUCCAUAUCCACAUCGCGCCGAGAACUAAAGCCCUCAAUUGCAACUUGGGCAGCCACUGGAUCGGCUAUCUUGAAUGUACUCGCCGAGGAGGAAGAAGCACCCUUCGCUGAGCGCCCCAGUAAAGCCGUUGGUUUUUCGUUGCCGCCUCGAAGUAUCACAGCUCUUGAUACAUCGGAGGUCGAUGAAGAACGUGAAGUUGCCUCGCCCGGAUCAAAUGAAAACGGCAAUACCGACGAUAUGGACAUGCUGAAGGAAGAUGAUACCGGUGCUGUAGCUGAUCUACUUCGUCAAGAACCAACGAAGUUUCAGUCGACCGACGAGCAGUCGUCGAUUGAUCAGAGCGCGGAAAAACAAUUGAUUGAAUCGCUGGAGCGACAGUCUGUUCAGCAAUCUGAGAUGAAUCCCCUUGAUGAUUCUGGAAAAGCUGAAGAAGCAGAUGUGAAGUCUCCAGCUGAAGCCCGCAAACGAUCCUGCGCAUCGGCUACCAAUGAUGAGCAGAUGGAGGGAAGCAGAAUGAAGAGCAGGCGGACCAGGGCGCGGGAAUCGAAUGCUGAUGCUUUAGUUCAACAAGAUGAGGUUCCUUUCGACCAAGACAAAUACUUCGAGGACCGACUCGAAGUUUUUGUGAAUGCAGAUGAGUGGAUGUUCAAUACGGUCGACUCUCUGUACUCAAAAGUGGAUAUCCGCUCUAUGGGCAAGAUCGAGGAUCUCAGAAGUGAGGUGGCUUCUGCCAAGGAUCCAUCAACAGCUAUUCUGGAACCCGGGAGCGUUGGAAUUCUGGAUUUACGAGACAUUUGUCGAACAUGGAACGACGCGAAAUCUCGGCUGUCUCAGCAAAAGGAUGAUGGAUCGUCUCUGAAAGACGUUGGUUCAAGCAAGUCCGGACUCGCUGUAUUCCUAGAGUAUUCCAGACGUGGUACUCGGAAGGCUGCCAUUCAAGAGGAGCUAACUUCGAACGAAGAGCUCUACCGGUUUUCUGAAAUGGUAAACAGCAAUUGGUUGCAUCCUCAAGAAGUGUCCUACAGGUGGCUUGAACGACUCCUCGUACCGGGGUUCGGCAGAGAGGUCACAGAGUGGCCUGUUAUGAAAUCUGCAUACACUUCGCUUCUGUGGCCUCAAGAUCUUAAGGAGAUUGUCUCCCAGGUGCUUUCACGCGAAGAUGAAUUCGUCUUCACUCGACUGAGCGACGUCUUUGCUGCAACCGAAAGACGUGUUCUUGAGUCGACUGCAGAAGCAUGUUACCAAUAUCGCCAAAGCGAUCUUUGUGAGCUCGAAGUGAUGCAGGCUAUUUACGAGAUUCAUUUGGACCUUUUUGCCUCACUCGAGAUGAGCAGUGGCAACAGCCAGAGCGAGAGACUGCUUCAGAAGGAUCGACUCGAUAGGUGGGCUGUCCUUACUAGGUCGGCUCUGGAUCUCUUUCUCGAUUUCUGCCCGUCGCAGGAGUGCCGUCAGAACCUUGCGCUUCGUCACAUGUGGACAUCAGUCUUCCACAUAAAUCUGGCUGGUGAGGCUGACAGGGAGCACGUCUUGCUCUGUUUUCAAGACUUGAAGUUUACUCUACAAACAAUGGGUGACCCUUGUCUACGGCUCGUCAACAAUUCGGCUAUGGCAGAGCUGUCAGUCACAACGAUAGAUCAGGAGAUGCUCAAGCUCAAGUGCAUGGAUUUCUUCGCGAAGGUCUUUAAUCCCGAAGAUGAGGACCCAGUCUCGCUCAUAGAGGCCAUAGAACCCAUCCUCGAGCCCGCGGCGACCGAAUGUGUUGACACAAUAAUUGGCCUUGAUGAAACGAUGCCAUCGUCAACAUCUGAUGAGAUGCGUGCGUUCCUAGACCGGGGAGAUGCUCCGUUACGACUCUUUUUGUGGCGCCGACUUCAAGAGGCCUACCAGGCAAUAGAUUAUCCGCCUAAAGUCAUGUCUUGCCACCUUCGGAGCAUAGAGGUGAUUAUGAACAACUUGGAAGAUCCGAAAUACCUCGAGGAGACUAGUGAGCAACGUCAACUGGCCCUGAUUAGCUCGUUGAAAACUCUUGACAAUGUUCUCGGAAAGGCAAUUCACUUGCUCUUCCAGCAAGGCGAGACUGUUUAUGACUGUAUCGACAUGGAUCAUCUCAAGGCUUCCAUGUUCACCAUCACCCGUCUCACGCGGCUGGUUCAUUCAUUCGUUUUGUAUGAAGAUUCGGUCCGCGUUGGUCAAAACCCAGGCCCUGAACUACGUGGCUCUCUCUCCAAGUCCUUUGAAACUUUCAAAGAAAGAAUGCGCGAGCUCUAUGUCCGCUGUUGGAUUUUGCAGUACACAUUGUUCGUGGAAGCUGUCUCGCAGAAUAAAGAUCUAUUCCAUGAGCCACAUGAAGAUCGAAUCCGCUUUCUUCGUUCUGUUCACAAUGCCUUGGGCGUCCGCUGCAUGUGCCGCUACUCACAGAAACGCUUUCUGAAGCUGCUCAAAACCGAAUUGCUGGACUUGCAAACAAAUGGCGAUUAUGAACUUGAUAUUUGUCAAGUGCUUCUGGAUCUGCAUGGGAUCAGGUUUUCCCCCUUUGACGGAACGACCGAUCACGGAUGUACUCCGGACAAGUUAGACCGCCCUACCUCGAUGAAAAUGAUCGAUCUUGUCAUGAAGCAAGCGCAAAACAUGAAUAUGAAAGAUCUGACCAAAUCUGAUCUUAAGCUCACGAUCGAAAAAAUGCAACAAACCAUGCUUCCGGUCAAGGCCGCGUCUUCACCUCAGAUGUCCUUCAAUCGACGCGUUUUCCACGGAUACGUCAAGGCACCAAUUAACCCUUCCUCUCUUCUGCGCGCAGCUCAGGGAGUUCUGGAGCUUACAAUGCUCGUGGUCCCGGGUGAGAAUGCCCAAAUUGCCGCGAAAGGAUGGUAUUUCCUACUCGGGAACUUUGCAUUGUCAAGGUUUCGGUCUCAGAAACGGUUGAGCCCUGGUUCGACGGCAGAACUUGAAGAUGCGAUCCAUUUCUUCAGACUGGACAUCGAGUACGGCUCGAGUCGAUGGGAAACUUGGUUUCGUUUAGCCCAAGCCUACGAUGCCAAGCUUGAGGAAGAAAUUACAUGGACCGCAGAGAAAAUUAACAACAACCGCAGUGAUCUUGUUACAAAUCAACGAUACGCGAUACACUGCUACGCCAUGGCUGUCUCAACUGCGCUGAGGUACGCUGAGCCGACAGGCGAGACCAGAACACUGUUGUCAGAUUUGUACACAGACUUUGGUAUAAGGAUGUACGCCUCAUCUCGUGAACCGCUUUCGAUGAAGGCGUUCAGCCUCUCGGACUUCUCUCGCCACUUUAGCAGUGAGGAAAGCCAGCAGAUGUACAAAGGCCAGCCCUUCAAAGAGAUGACCCCGUACUCUGUUUGGAAUUUUGCUUCCAACCUAUUGAAAAGAGCUCUUGUCGACAAACCCAAUCGCUGGAUAACUCAUUACUACAUAGGCAAAUGCCUUUGGAAGAUGUUCAGCUGUGAAGACUCGAUGAGAACAACUUCGAAGCGGGUUGAAAUGCAUGAUGUCUUGAACGCUUUUCGCAAGGCAAUCUCUGCUCUGCCCAAGAGAAAAGACUCUCGUGCAGAUCCCAUAUUCGAGCCACAUUUCAAGCUUGUGUCUAUCGUCCACAAGCUGGUCGUUCGCGGAGCAAUUACCCCGACGAAGGCGAGUCAAAUUCUGCAGGCCACACCCUGGGCUCGCAAAGUGAAGGCACCGGAGAGUGAGGAUGAAUGGAAGCCGUACAUCGUUGAGGUCGUCAGAAAGUUCAAGAGCGCAGAUAAAUCCAACUGGCACCACCGUAUGAGUGUUAAGGCUGCGCAUAUCAUCUACGAUGACGAAAAAAAUGCAACGGCCGCGGCUGCAGCCAAACAAGAGCUUUCACAGAUCUUCACAAGGACACUCACAAUCCAAGUAUGGCGGCCGGAAUUUGAACGUCCGGGGCGACACUUCGUCUAUACCACUCGCUACGUUUAUUUCUUCACCGCGCUACUUGAUCAGCUGGAUGACCGUGCAAGUCUGGACCAGCUGCUCAGACGUGUGAGAAAGAAACAAGGCGAUUUCAUCAAUCAUGGCAAACUGUGGGAAGAUGCCUGUUCUGUGUACAUGAAGAUGAUCCGGAGAGCAGCGGAAAUUAGCGAGGGCCAUGAAGAAAACGUUUUCAAGCCCAUUGGAUGGGAAGAAUUCUCAUCCAAAACAGCCCGGUUGGAAGCAUUGCCGCAACUGUGCUCAGAGAGCCUCCCGCUGCUUGAACUUAUCCGUGACUCGUUCGAGCUCAAAAAGCUCAACAACAAUUUCGUCAAAGUGACGAUUUUUGAAGAUCUGAUCGCGGAUUUGUACGCGCGUGUCUACGAGCUGAACCUGCCAUCUCUGAAUGAGCAGGUCAACGAGGAGAAAAAGGAGAAAAUGAAGGUUGAUCACCUUCUCAUGACCGGCGAUGGCACUGCGGAUACUCCUGAUCCUACAGCUUCCACUUCGGCUGCGGAUGCACCAGCUCCCCGGGGAAGAACUAAGGGAAUCGCUCGACGAGAUAUUCAGAAGCGUGCGGACACCAUCGUCAACCUCAAACUGGGGCCUCGUGCUGCAUCGAACAAGCUCACUGCUGUGGGUGAUGCAGAUCAACCUGCACCUACUCAUCCGGGUUCGGGUGCCUCAUCAGGACCUACUUCAGCUCCCCGUGACCUGGCUAAACAGCCAACCGAGGCAGGAGAUGACGAUGAUGAUGAUGAUGCGCAGAUGCUUGGUGGCAAUAAUCUGAAUGACACUGCGGACGAAAGCGAGCUCAGCGAUGUUGAUGAAAGCAAAUUGGAUCUGACGCUUGAGCAUAAAUCUAUGUUCUCGAAAAUCCAUCGGGACGAAGGUCGAGAUGGAGAGACCGAAACCGAAGGUGAGGGAGCCGACGAGGGCGAUCCUCAGGGCGAUGGUGAAGAACAAGGGGACGAAGAAGAAGUCGAAGAAGAUGGUGAAGAGGGUGCAGAGGGAGAGAUUGAGGAAGAAGAAGAGGAGGAGGAAGGUGAUGAGAAUGAAGCUGAUGAGCAAGACGAGAUUGCCGAUACUGAAACCGAAGAGGGCGGCGACGAGGAUAUUGUCGAUGAGAGAGACGAAGACGUUCAGGACGAUGAAGCUGAUCCUUCUGGAGACGUCACAAAGCUCGAGGAAGACGAUACAGAUCUAGCGACUGAGAAAGACGCCAGUAAGACUGAGGACAAUCCAUCUGAAAUCGUCGAAGGGCAAGGAGAUGAUCAAGACAUGGAUGACGUGAUCCAUGAUGAUGAGGUUGCCGAAACCCCCGAUGCUAUGGACGUGACAGAAUGA